UUGGAUCUUUGCAGGAUUUAUAAUAAUUUUUGUUCCAUGGGUAUUUUUUUACGCGGUGUGGGACGCGAAACCGAGCGAGUCAUUCGAUUGGCGUUUUCCGGCUGCGCUGAAGCCAAGUGCGAAAGAAGCAAACCCGUGAAGCCGGAUUUUGCGGUCGCUUCCCCGAGAUUUCGCAUUUCUUUCGAGGUGCGAAAUGCAUGAAAGUGAUUCGGAAGUUGGGUGAGAAUUUCGUGGGACGGAUGAUGCUGAGUUCUCCGGGAAGCAGUGGUCAUGAUCCGGCGACUGCUGCGAUGUGCUUCAAGCCCCCGAUAACGGGCAAAAUGUUGCCGAUGGACGGUCACGCUUUGCACAGGUAUCACGCGCAAUUGGCGCAGCAGUCCAGCAGCUUUUUCGCAGCAGCCGCUGCCGCAGGCAUGGGUUUGUUCCCACCGCGCCCGACCCUGCUUCCGUCCCAUCUCCACGCCGCAGCAGCAUUCUCGCCCUUCGGAACCCCCCUCUUGCGCCCAACACCCCUUCCGCACCCGGGUCUCGUACCCUUGUCUCAGCAUCCGUCUCUGCAACACAAUCCCCACCUCGGUGCAGCACCGCCUGCACCGCCGCCGUCGUCAGUGCCGCCACAGCCCGCCGGGCAGCAGCUGCCGCUCUCGCAACCACCAUCACAGGCGCCGCCGCCACCGCCGCCAACAUCGCAGCAGCCGCCGCCGGGGUUCCUCUCGCCGACAUUGCACCAGCAACAUUUCGAGCCCCAACCAUCGAGUGUGAGAGGUGGUGGUGGUGGUGGUUCUUCGUCCUCGGCGUCGACACCAUCGUCGUCGUCGGCUGCUGCUGCUGGUGCCUCGCGACCAUCGACGAGUAAAUCAGCAGAACAGCACCACUUGCAGCAGCAACAGGCAGCCGGGGGCAAGAGCAGUGGAGCACCGUCAAGACGGACGCCGCAAUGUUCGCGAUGUUUCAACCAUGGCUUGAAUAUCGAGAAGAAGAAUCAUCAGCCAUAUUGCGAAAAUAGGUUUUGUCCCUGCGAAUUGUGCGAAACGACGGCGGAGAGACAGGAUAAAAUGGCGGCGCAGAUUUCCAAGCGCCGCUCCCAGAAGAACGCCAUGUCUCAGGGCAAGCAGCUGGACCUGUCGCAACCUUCGACCUCGAAAGGGCUUCCGCAAAUGGACCAUUCACCGGCAAAGCGUCCGCGGUCGCUGCCCGAAAGGGAAAAGCUACUCGCUCAGUUCAUGAAGUUUAUGGGCACGCACGUGGAUCUCUCCUACUUUCCCCUCUUCGUCGCCGUCUACAAUGAGAUCGGCAACUUCAAAGACUUCGAGUCGGAACUGGAACGCGCAGAACGCGAAAUGGGCAUCUUGGAGUCCGAAGCCGAAUCCUGCGACAUCCCCUUGUCCGUCAACACGCCCAUCAAACCCAUAGCCACUCGAGCCACGACUCUCGGGGUCGUCAAGCGUCAUUCAGAACAGUCGUCAAAAGCGGGGUUUUACUGCCUUCCGUUUUUUACGACGGUUCUGCGGAAGAAGAAGAGGCUAUCCGAACCCGAGCAAGAGAAGGAAUCGGUGAACCGGAACCCAACUGGCUCCAGCCGUCGUCUGGGUUUCUGGGGCACGUUGAGACACGUUUGCGUCAACUUUUCUGGGUUCAGAGCGAGGGUCUCAGUAGUUCAGUACCCGCUGGAAGACGCGACACGGCAUCCCGACUCGUGUUUAGGCUCACGCCGAACCCGCUGCUGA